AACUUAAAUUAAAAAAGAGAAAAUUUGUCUAGGGACGGAAAUCCAAGAAGCUCCUCCCAGUACCAACAAAUCAAUCUGCCAUCGUUUGUUCGCCAAUUUAACAUCUUUAUAUGUGAUUUGUCAGCUGUUCUUCAUCCAUUUGAGUCUCUUCCUCUUCUCCUCUUUUCAGUUCAAAUGGCCUCCGCAGCUCUAUUCACUCUUUCAUCCAGGCUCUCCCAGAUUUCGCCUACAAUUUUCCCAACCCGAACUCGAAUUUUCCCUUUCAAUGCCAGAUCUUCCAUUACGCUGUGCACCAAGGCCAUCAUUUCCGGCCUUCCUAAUCAGAAGCAUCCUUACCCCAAAGUCGGUGCCCACUCAACUGGUUCCAUUCCUGCUUCUCAGCUCAUUCAAGUCGUUGAAUUUGCUGCCAAGACUGGCGCUGAGGUCGUCAUGGAAGCUGUUAACAAGCCUCGAAGUAUCACUUACAAAGGACUAACUGACUUGGUCACUGACACAGACAAAAAUAGUGAGGCUGCAAUUUUGGACGUAGUGAAAGAAAACUUUGGAGAUCACCUUAUUCUUGGGGAGGAGGGUGGAAUUAUAGGAGAUACAGCUUCUGAUUAUCUCUGGUGCAUUGAUCCUUUAGAUGGCACAACAAAUUUCGCACACUGUUAUCCUAGCUUUGCAGUUUCCGUGGGUGUCUUGUUUCGAGGAAAACCUGUUGCUGCUUCUGUGGUGGAAUUUGUUGGGGGCCCUAUGUGUUGGAAUACUCGCACAUUUUCUGCUACUGCUGGUGGGGGAGCAUUUUGUAAUGGGCAAAAGGUUCAUGUGAGUCAAACAGAUCAGGUGGAGCGAUCUCUUCUUGUAACUGGGUUUGGUUAUGAACACGAUGAAGCAUGGGCCACCAACAUAGAGUUAUUUAAAGAAUUUACUGACGUCAGCAGGGGUGUAAGAAGACUUGGUGCUGCUGCAGUAGACAUGUGCCAUGUAGCUCUAGGAAUUGUUGAAGCAUAUUGGGAAUAUCGCUUGAAGCCGUGGGAUAUGGCUGCUGGUGUUUUGAUAGUUGAAGAAGCUGGUGGAGCAGUAACAUGUAUGGAUGGUGGGAAGUUUAGUGUAUUUGAUAGAUCUGUUUUGGUAUCCAACGGUGCAUUGCAUGGCAAGCUUCUGGAAAGGAUUGCCCCUGCUACAGAGAAACUCAAGGGUAAAAAUAUCAAUUUCUCCUUGUGGUACAAGCCAGAAAACUACCUCACAGAACUUGAACUUUGACGUGGCUGAGGGCGCAGUGGUUUUCCCAGCACGCUGAGUUUUCUUUUGACAAAUAAUUGGUGCCAAUGGCUGUUUUCUUAGCGUUCCCAAUGCCCUCAAAUUCUCAAGUGCCAAUGUAUAUUUAUUAUAGUCUAUUUAUGAUUUUUACUCGUGAACUAUGACCAUUACAUUGUUGUGUCCUCUGGUUUUUUUGAGCAGUUAAAAUUUACCCCUAAACUAUUCAGUGUUGUAAAGUAGGACUUCUGUUAAGUUUUAUCUUAUAUGGCUAACAGAUUGUUGACUUGUCA